GCUCGCCGUUUGGGGGGCACGCUUAAAGCUCCUCUAUGGUCAAUUUAAACGGACACGUUUUUACAAUGUCUGCUUUGGAGGACGUAUAGAUUCCUUUGUGUUAACUAUGAGACUAUUGACCGCAUUUGGGAGGAUACCUGCUCUUCAGGGUGCUGUUGUCAAAACCCAGACAGCUGAGAAUCACGUGACAUGACGUGUAACCAGCAUGGCGGCGCUGAGCUGAAGUAGCGACUCGACUGGACUGACACCGAUAGCCUGGCUUUCGUUAGCUUCCCUUGACACCCGCUUACUCGCAGGGCCAGGCCGAGAAUGACGGCCUGAGAGAGAAGCGGAAACAAGACCGAGAGAUGCAGCAACAACAACACCGGCCACCACAGCAGCAGCAGCAGCAGCAACACUCGAAGGCAGAAAACAGUAAAACCAAGAGCAUGUUUCUGUCCAGGGCGCUGGAGAAAAUCCUCUCGGAUAAGGAGGUGAAGAGGAGCCAGAACAGCCAGCUGCGCAAAGCUUGUCAGGUGGCGCUUGAUGAAAUCAAGGAUGAGCUCGAAAAGCAAAAGGAUGGCACAGUGGUCCCACCCAGAGCCAACUACAUCGAGGCUGACAAAUAUGUGCUGCCCUUCGAGUUGGCCUGUCAGUCAAAGUCCCCCCGGAUAGUGAGCACCUCUCUGGACUGUCUGCAGAAGCUGAUUGCAUACGGCCACAUCACAGGCAAUGCCCCGGACAGCAGAACCCCGGGCAAAAGGCUGAUCGACCGGCUGAUGGAAACCGUCUGCAACUGCUUCCAGGGCCCGCAGACCGACGAGGGAGUCCAGCUGCAGAUCAUCAAGGCCCUGCUGACGGCGGUGACCUCCCCGCACAUAGAGAUUCAUGAGGGCACGGUGCUCCUCACCGUCAGAACCUGCUACAACAUCUACCUGGCCAGCCGCAACCUCAUCAACCAGACCACCGCUAAGGCCACGCUCACACAGAUGCUCAACGUUAUCUUCACACGCAUGGAAAACCAAGCUGCUCUGGAGGCUCAGGAGCAGGAGAAGGACCGGCUCCGUCUGCCCCAGCAGAACCCAUCCCCUGUCCCAGGUAAUCUGAGGUCCGGCUCCCCCCGGUCUGACCGGACGCUUACUCCGGAGCCACAGAGCUCCCCGUCCCCGGCAGCCAGUUCUCCAGACCUCACUGCCACCAACACCACCAGCUCCACCCCCCCACCGCCGGCCCCUGACCAGGACGAGGACCAGAACCAGGCGCCAGACGCACCAUCAAUCAAUGGAGAACCUGAGGACGGCAACGCUCCGAUGAAUGGAGGAGCAGAAGAGAUCACGCCAUCUAGAGGUAUGAUGAAACCUACAUUCUCCGCUUUCACUUUCAAUUAUUCAGUUUUUGAAGAUGAAGUUGUGGAGGCCCCUCCUCCAGCGGCUGAGCCAGCUGAGGAAGGAGACAAACCACAGAGCAAUCCAAAUCCAGCCGAGUCAGCUGUGACUGAAGGAGAGGAGGGACGGCAAACCCCGACACAGAUGCACAGUGAAACAGGAGGUGAGCACCCGGCCCACCCUGCGGAUGAGCAGACAGAAGGGGCUCCCCCCAGAGUGAGAACAGAGGGUCAGCAGAUGAAUGGCAUCAUGGAGGACCGCUCUUCUGUUUCCUCCACAGAUAUGCUGGAUGCUGAGGCGCUGCAGGGACCCCACGGUGCUGCCCGAUUCUCCCACAUCCUGCAGAAAGAUGCCUUUCUGGUUUUCCGCUCUCUGUGCAAACUCUCCAUGAAGCCUCUGGCUGAAGGACCUCCAGAUCCAAAGUCGCAUGAGCUGCGCUCUAAGAUUGUCUCCCUGCAGCUGCUGCUCUCCGUGCUGCAGGGCGCCGGGCCGGUGUUUCGCACUCACGAGAUGUUCGUCAACGCCAUCAAACAGUAUCUGUGUGUGGCGCUGUCCAAAAAUGGCGUCUCCUCUGUGCCCGAGGUCUUUGAGCUCUCGCUGGCUAUUUUCCUCACCUUGCUCUCCCACUUCAAGGUCCAUCUGAAGAUGCAGAUUGAGGUGUUUUUCCGGGAGAUUUUUCUGACCAUCCUGGAGACAUCGACCAGCUCCUUUGAGCACAAGUGGAUGGUCAUCCAGACACUGACGCGCAUCUGUGCAGAUGCCCAGUGCGUGGUUGACAUCUACGUGAACUAUGACUGUGACUUGAAUGCAGCAAACAUCUUUGAGCGUCUCGUCAACGACCUGUCUAAGAUUGCUCAGGGCCGGAGUGGGCAGGAGCUUGGGAUGACUCCUCUGCAGGAGCUGAGCCUACGUAAAAAGGGUUUGGAGUGUCUGGUGUCCAUCCUCAAAUGUAUGGUGGAGUGGAGCAAAGACAUGUAUGUCAACCCAAACCUUCAAGCUAAUCUUGGCCAGGAGCAUCCAUCUGAUGGUGAGAGCGGAGAGCUGAAGCUCCCAGAUCCGCUGGCGGGACGUCGAGACAGCAUCAGUUCGCUGGACUCCACCGUCUCCUCCAGCGUGGCACUUUCCCAAGCGGACCACCCGGAGCAGUACGAGGUCAUCAAACAGCAAAAGGACAUCAUCGAGCACGGCAUCGAACUUUUCAACAAGAAGCCCAAGCGAGGUACCCAGUACCUGCAGGAUCAGGGCAUGCUGGGUUCCACAGCCGAGGAAAUCGCCCAGUUCCUGCACCAGGAGGAGAGACUAGACACUACCCAGGUGGGAGAGUACCUGGGCGAGAACAUCAAGUUCAACAAAGAAGUGAUGUACUGCUACGUGGACCAGCUGGACUUCUUUGGGCGGGACUUUGUCUCGGCACUCAGAGUGUUCCUGGAAGGCUUCAGGCUGCCCGGUGAGGCCCAGAAGAUUGACAGGCUGAUGGAGAAGUUUGCUGCUCGAUACUUGGAGUGCAACCAGGGACAGACUCUGUUUGCCAGUGCAGACACUGCCUACGUGCUGGCAUACUCCAUCAUUAUGCUCACCACAGACCUGCACAGCCCUCAGGUAAAGAACAAGAUGACGAAGGAGCAGUACAUCAAGAUGAACCGCGGCAUUAACGACAGUAAGGACCUGCCUGAGGAGUAUCUAUCUUCCAUAUACGACGAGAUCGCCGGCAAGAAGAUUGCCAUGAAGGAGAGCAAAGAGUUCUCGAUCACCCCAAAGUCCACCAAACAGGGUGUCGCCAGUGAGAAGCAGCGGCGUCUGUUGUACAACGUGGAGAUGGAGCAGAUGGCAAAGACGGCUAAAGCUCUGAUGGAGGCUGUCAGCCACGCUCAGGCCCCCUUCUUCAGCGCUACACACCUGGAGCAUGUCAGGCCCAUGUUCAAGCUGGCCUGGACCCCGUUGCUGGCAGCGUUCAGCGUGGGACUGCAGGACUGUGACGACCCAGAAGUGGCUUCACUUUGUCUGGAGGGCAUUCGAUGUGCCAUCAGGAUCGCCUGCAUCUUCAGCAUGCAGCUGGAGCGAGACGCGUAUGUCCAAGCCCUGGCCAGAUUCACCCUGCUGACGGCCAGUUCCAGCAUCACAGAGAUGAAGCAGAAGAACAUCGACACCAUCAAGACGCUGAUCACUGUGGCCCACACUGACGGAAACUACUUGGGCAACUCCUGGCACGAGAUCUUGAGGUGCAUCAGUCAGCUGGAACUCGCCCAGUUGAUCGGCACCGGGGUAAAGACACGCUACAUCUCAGGGGUGGUCCGGGACAAAGAGGCAGGCAUCAAGGGCUUACCCUCCGGCACAGAGGAGUUCAUGCCCCUGGGCCUGGGUAACCUGGUGGGAAGUCAGGACAAGAGACAGAUGGCUCACAUCCAGGAGUCAGUAGGAGAGACCAGCUCUCAGAGUGUGGUGGUAGCUGUGGACAGGAUCUUCACUGGUUCCACCAGAUUAGACGGAAAUGCAAUUGUGGACUUUGUGCGGUGGCUGUGUGCCGUGUCCAUGGACGAGCUGGCCUCAGCACAUCAGCCGAGGAUGUUCAGCUUGCAGAAGAUUGUGGAAAUCUCCUACUACAACAUGAACCGCAUCAGGCUGCAGUGGUCUCGAAUUUGGCAGGUCAUCGGAGACCACUUCAACAAGGUGGGCUGUAACCCCAAUGAGGAUGUAGCCAUCUUUGCUGUGGACUCACUGAGGCAGCUCUCCAUGAAGUUCUUGGAGAAAGGAGAGCUGGCCAACUUCCGCUUCCAGAAAGACUUCCUCAGGCCUUUUGAGCACAUCAUGAAGAAGAACAGGUCCCCCACUAUCAGAGACAUGGUGAUCAGGUGUGUGACUCAGAUGGUAAACUCCCAGGCGGUCAACAUCCGUUCGGGCUGGAAGAACAUCUUCUCAGUGUUUCACCAGGCAGCCUCCGACCACGAUGAGACCAUAGUGGAGCUGGCCUUCCAGACCACCGGGCACAUUGUCAUGAACACCUUCCAGCAGCACUUUGCAGCCGCUAUUGAUUCAUUCCAAGAUGCAGUGAAGUGCCUCUCCGAGUUUGUGUGCAACGCAGCUUUUCCUGACACCAGCAUGGAGGCGAUCAGACUCAUACGACACUGCGCUAAAUACGUCUCAGAAAGGCCACAGGCCCUGAGGGAGUACACCAGUGAUGACAUGAAUGUUGCUCCUGGUGAUCGGGUGUGGGUUCGUGGCUGGUUUCCCAUCCUGUUUGAGCUCUCUUGCAUCAUCAACCGCUGCCAGCUGGAUGUCCGGACCAGAGGUCUCACCGUCAUGUUUGAGAUCAUGAAGAGCUACGGCCUCACCUUCGAGAAGCACUGGUGGCACGACCUCUUCAGAAUCGUCUUCCGCAUCUUUGACAACAUGAAGCUCCCUGAGCAGCAGACAGAGAAAACCGAGUGGAUGACGACGACAUGUAACCACGCUCUAUAUGCCAUCUGCGACGUGUUCACCCAGUUUUACGAGCCUCUCAGUGAAAUCCUGCUGGCUGACAUUUUCACACAGCUACAGUGGUGUGUCAGGCAAGACAACGAGCAGCUUGCCCGGUCGGGCACAAACUGUCUGGAGAACCUGGUGAUUCUGAACGGGGAGAAGUUCAGCCCCGAGGUCUGGAAGAUCACAUGCUCCUGUAUGCUGGAGAUCUUCCAAAACACCAGCCCUCACGCUUUGUUGACUUGGCGACCGGCUGGGCAGGAAGAGGAAACUGCAGAUGGCAAGCAUUUUGAGGCUGAUUUUGACAGCCUGUCCCAGAGCAGCUACGACAGAGCUCUGUCUGAGAGAGGACACAGCCAGAUGUCCAGCGACGACACCUGGAAGGGCAAGUCCAAUGCUAGAGUUUCAGAUCAGAAGCUGUUUGCAGGGCUGCUCAUUAAAUGUGUGGUGCAGCUUGAACUAAUCCAGACCAUAGACAACAUCGUCUUUUACCCAGCAACCAGCAAGAAGGAGGACGCUGAGAACAUGGCUGCUGCACAGCGAGAUGCUCUUGAAGAGUCGGAGGCUGAGGGAGGCGAGGCGGGAUCCGAACAGGGCAUGUACAGACACAUGACCUCUGCACACCUCUUCAAGCUGCUGGACUGUCUGCUGGAGUCGCACACCUUCGCCAAGGACUUCAACUCCAACAACGAGCAGAGGACGGCACUGUGGAGGGCAGGCUUUAAAGGGAAAUCCAAACCCAACUUGUUGAAGCAGGAGACCAGCAGUCUCGCCUGCAGCCUGAGGAUCUUGUUCAGGAUGUACUCUGACCUUCAGCUGCAGGACUCAUGGCCUGACAUCCAGACACGCCUGCUGCUGGUGUGUAGUGAAGCGCUGGCCUACUUCAUCAGUCUGACCUCAGAGAGCCACAGAGAGGCCUGGAACAGCCUGCUGAUGCUGCUGCUCACCAGAACGCUACGGCUGCCUGAUGACAAGUUCAAGCCCCAUGCUUCCUGCUACUACCCCCACCUGUGUGAAAUGAUGCAGUUUGACCUAAUCCCCGAGCUGCGGGCCGUCCUCAGGCGCUUCUUCCUGCGCAUUGGCUCUGUCUUCCACAUCGCUGCUCCAGAGGGGGCGCAUGCCCGAACUCCCAUAUCCUAGAAUGAGUGGGUGCAGGAUUGGGUGGACGGACGGGUGGAGAAAUGGAGAUGGAGGACAUUGUUAGGUUGACACAUAAGACUUUCCCUCACUUUUGGACUGGAACAGAUUACAGAGGAAGAAGAUGACAAAGACUGCAGCUUUUCUGUCUCUGUUCAGGAGUCUGCAUUAAAGUGUUCAGCGUGUCUCUACUGCACUCCGCUUGUGGGAAAGUCUUCACCCUGUCCUUCCUCCCUUCUCUCUCUCGGGGAUGAACAGCACUGUGACCAGCACUCUCUGCUGACUGUUGUCAUUCAUCAUCCCCCUGACUCAUCUCAAACUAUAAUGACAAUAAGAAGAAGAAUUGUAAACAAAUAAUUUAUUGAUAUUGUACCCGAUUUUGAUUGUUUGUUUUUUCUGUUUUUUCUUUUUUUUUUUUUAUACUCAAAAAAAAGGUAUAUCUACAUGCUGAACGAUACCAUUGAAUUUGAUGAACCUUACAGUGCGGUUUUGCGAAAAAUCUCUUGGCCACCUGUGCCUGUUAGAAAACCAUGACGCCAUCAAGUGUCGCCCUUAUUGUGAGUUUGGUGAUCUAAUCAAAAUAUGUGGUAAUAUCUGAACCCUCAUGUAUCGAUGCUCUUCCCAAAGCAUUGUUGGUCACUUUAAUGUUUGUGUUCCCUCUCAUGUCUGUGUUCUUCGGUAGCGGGCUGUUGACUCUUGAGCUGCAGAUGAAAACUAUCUACAUCUCUUACAACACUAUCAAAGAUCUAACGCGGCUUCGUUUGAACCGUCCUGGCACCUUCCUUUAUUCCAUAUCAAUGAGAUUUUACUUUAUUUAUUUUUGCUCACUUGAUUUAUGAAUUUAUUUUUUUUCAGGAUGGUUUACAAUGGAAGGUUGGUUGAAGACUGGCUACUUUCCUCUGUACCCAGUAAGCCUGACACUGAAGGACUUAACAUGGAGUCAGAUCUUCCUGGCUUUAGAAUUACAGCUGGCUCAGAAAAGCCUCCACUUAUCCAUCAUUUGGCCCUAUAAGGUGACUCAGUGGUUUGUUUCCCACACUCUUUUUGCACAUCUCUUGCAGACAGUUUGCUCAUGUAUUAACGCCUUCUGGUGUAUCAACUUGCUCUGGACGGUUGGAGCGGCCAUCAGUGUCGUGUCACAUAACAUUCAACAGUAGAGUUCAACUCCAGAAAGGUUCGGGAACGGAGUGAAACCAAAAGUCGCAUCUACAGAGAAACUGGAAUCUCUGGAUCCUUCGUAGUUAAUUCCAUGCCUUUUUUUUUUUUAAAAGAAGGAUGUAUGUAAUUAUUUAAAGUGCAUUUAAAUAUUUUUUGAGAAGCAUUCCUUCCCUCGCAACUAUGGAUGUCUACUUUUCUUCCCUGAAGCUUGGGAAUAUAUAUAUAUAUAUAUAGUAAAUGAAAAAAACAGACUAAAGUUUUCAAUGUAAGAUACAUAGAAAUGAAAGUGCUAUACAGUUCUAUACAUAAUAUUGUGAUGUAAUCUUCCAAACAUUUGGUGAAGUAAUCAAUAAACCUGAAUUCUGAUCCA